CCACGUGGGCUUUGUCUCUUUCACAAGCGACGCCAUUCGAGUAGACAGCUUCUUCCUCCGAAUUCCUAAACUAAAACCCUCAGAUACUGACCGGUUAACGGAAACCACCUUAAGUUUAAUGAGUAGCAACAUGAAUAGAAGCAACAGCAAUGACUGUCGCGUUUACGUGGGCAAUUUGCCUCAAGAUGUCCGCGAAAAAGAUUUGCAUGACAUAUUUUACAAGUACGGGCACAUCGCUGAUGUAGACUUGAAAAAUCGUCGUGGUGCUGGUCCACCGUUCGCUUUCGUCGAAUUUGAGGACCCAAGAGAUGCUGAAGAUGCAGUGAAAGGCAGAGAUGGUCAUGAAUUUGAUGGCUACCGCAUAAGAGUCGAGUUCCCCCGAGGUGGAAGUGGUAGGGGUGGUGGUGGUGGUGGUGGUGGUGGAGGCGGAGGCGGAAGAGGUGGUGGAGGAGGUUUUAGCUCUCGUGGUAGAGGCCCACCACCAAGACGCUCUGACUUUAGAGUCCAAGUUUCAGGCCUCCCACCCACCGGUAGUUGGCAAGACCUGAAAGACCACAUGCGCGAAGCAGGAGAUGUCCUGUUUACUGAUGUGUUCAAGGAUGGGACUGGUGUAGUGGAAUUUGCUAGAUAUGACGACAUGAAGUUUGCAAUCAGGAAUCUUGAUGAUUCCAAAUUUAGAUCACACGAGGGUGAAACCUCCUACAUAAGGGUGAAAUCAGACUUGCAAUCUCGAAGUCACUCCCGCUCAAGGAGCCCCUCUCCGAGGAGAAGGUCCCGCAGCCGCUCAAGGUCACCUCGUCGUAGACCUAAGUCCUACUCACGAUCCCCAUCAGGGUCACCUCGCCGGUCCCGCUCAAAAUCAAGAUCCAGUUCACGCUCAUAGCUAACCUCCAUAAAAGAUCUGCUUUGAUAUGAGGACAGAAUAGACACUGUGUUUGCACACAUUCGUAUUAUAACUAUAGGCUGAUACUGAGGCCAGGAAGUUGUUUUUAUAGUCAUGUUUUUCGCAUCCAGUCAAGUAGACAUUUCGUUGAAUGGCACUUUUUUAAAUGUUGCAAAUGUGUAUAGCUUGAAAUUUGUAUGGCCUUAUUUUGUAGAUGACAUGUGCAAGGGAAAUCAUGCAUAUUUCAUUCAGGACCCAUAAAGGGCAUGUGAACUUGCCAAAUGUCGGACAGGACACAGGAUCUGUCUUCUAAAGACCGGAUUGGAUCAUUCACUGGAAUAUGGUAUGCAUAGGUUUUUAGCCUAUGUAGCCUUAGUUUUAAUUUAACCACUUCCGCGAUUACUUUUUCUACUCAUAUAUCAGUUUUUUUUUCUUUUUUGUAGUUGCUUCUAGCCAUGGUUCGAAAUAAAGUUUACCUUUACUGACCACAAAAUAUGCACCAUAUUUCCUAGAAUUCCUUGGCAGUAAAUUUGUGAUGUUCAAAGUGUGUAUUUGACGUUUUAAUGACAAUACUUUCACUUGUCUUGUAACAGAUAAAGGGAUGCAUUUAACAUUGGAAGGGAAAAGGGAUCACCAUGGAUAAACAUGGAUAGCAAUAGGGAUGGAUUCAGGACGGACUUGUUUUUAUUUUGGAGUUUAGCAGUUGGAUUGGAUCAUUGAUUUCACUCUUCUCUUUGGUGGAUCAUGUAAUGUCACCCUUAUCUGGAUCACUGAUAUCAGGGACUUGGCACUCUGGAGGCAUUACAUUGAGGUGGUAUGCUUUCUAAUAAACAACUAAAUGGUUUGAAUAUUUCCCCUACAAUGUUUUCUUUUUUUACCUUCCAAAAAGGACAACUAGCUUUUUUCCUUAUUUUUUUGUCCCUUUUCACUAACAUUGUUCAAUUGCAGCAUUUGCUUGAAAAUAAACACUACUCUAAAUGG